AUGUCGCAUUCGGUAGUGCGAACUCAGCAGAAAUAAAUCUUUUAAAAAUUGUUUUUCAUUCAUCCGGGAUGGAUUCAACUAAAAAGGAAUUUUCCUGAAUUGUUCGUGAUGAGCCUGAACGCGAAAAAGGAGAAUCGGUAAAAGUUAAUUGAGAAAUCUGUAAGAAAGUCUAGUGAGCCGACCGAACUGAGGCAUUGUUGCCGAUCAUAGCCUUUGGCGUCAGAAUAGGGAAAGCAUCCAAAACAGUGUUCGGUUAACCUUUGUGUCGGAGUGUAACAGACAAGGAUUCUGCUCCUUUUUAUGUAGAAAGUGGUUUUGUUCAGUCGGUUAUGUAAAUUUGUAAGUGGCGAUCUAUGGUGAGAAAAAUAUCCGGUAAAAGUAUACCAAUUAUCCUGAAAAUGCCGGAAUUUGAGAGGUAGUUCAGUGCAGUGACUAUUCAGGUGGAAUUGACGUUAAACUGAGUUGCAGCGUGCAUUCGCAGCCUAAUGACCUUCAUUUGUGCAGUACACUCUGGCAUCAUUCACCCAAUAAAGUGUGACACGUUAAUGAAAAUAGUGCCCAAUGUCCCUGUGACCACUCAGCAAAAACCGCCAAUGUCUAAAAUAAUAGUUCUAAAUAUUCUAACUGUCUUCAACACAUGACUCUCCGAGACCCCGUUCUAAAAAUCCAAUUUCAUGCCACCCUAAAAAUGGGUCAAUUUCAAGCUUACGGAAUGAUGUCAGCUGUGAUGGAAUAAAGUUGUACGAGGAUGAUUCAGUGAUGACUAGCAAAUGACACAGCAUAAUUAUGUAUGUCGUUCAAGGACUCUUUGAGUGCAAUUAAGAGUUUCUCGUGGCAUCAGCAUCGUCAUCAUCAUCGUUGCCGUUUUCACCGCCGAAGUAAGAAAGUGCACACAAAAAUCUUAGCGGGAAGGAAACUCACCGAGUCUUGUUUGCUGUCUUCUCCACAAUCCGCACAUAUCUCGGACGUACGUGCUCGAGGGUUUGAAGGAUACACGAUAAGAUCUUAAUAUCGCUUUGUGAGUCGCUUGGUUUUGGCUGGAGGUUUUAAGGGAUUAGUGAAACUAUCAAAGUUGGCAGGAUUCCUUCUACACCUUCUGCAUGCAUACCCUUCACAGAGGAAUGAAGCCAUGCCGUAGUACCAACACCACCACCUCAACCACUCAACACAGCUCGAUUGCAAACGAACUGCAAAUCCAUAAUCUUCUCAGCGGCUGCAUCGUUGAACAUCAAAACCAAAACGACAACGACAAAGAUUUUAAUGAUUUGGAAGAGGAUCUGCGCGAAAAACAGAACUAACAACGUCAAUGUGUAGGACGACUGCAAUUGGAGGAAUUCAAGAUGUUCCGCAUCACUGGCUUUGCAAUUUGUGGAAUAUUGUUUUUCGGAUUUCUGGCGUCUGUAAGAUGUAAACGGAAAGAAAUGGUUCCUGACCGAUUAGUUAAUGUAACUCAAACGAUUGCAAAAAUUCUGGAAGGAUACGAUAUUCGAUUGAGGCCUAACUUUGGAGGUGACCCGCUCCACGUAGGGAUGGAUCUCACAAUUGCUAGUUUCGAUGCAAUUUCUGAAGUGAACAUGGAUUACACGAUAACAAUGUACUUGAAUCAGUACUGGCGCGACGAACGGUUAGCUUUUAACGCUUAUGGACCGUACUAUGAUGACGAUGCUGAUGACGAUGGCGUUAAUGAUAUUCUCACGUUGUCAGGAGAUUUUGCGGAGAAGAUUUGGGUGCCAGACACGUUUUUCGCAAAUGAUAAGAACAGUUUCCUUCACGAUGUCACGGAGCGAAAUAAAUUAGUUAGACUCGCGGGCGAUGGUGCAGUGACAUAUGGAAUGCGCUUCACGACAACACUCGCUUGCAUGAUGGAUCUGCAUUAUUAUCCUUUGGAUUCACAAAACUGCACUGUUGAAAUUGAGAGCUAUGGUUACACAGUUACAGAUGUCGUCAUGUACUGGAAACCAACCCCGGUCCGGGGAGUUGAAGGAGCCGAACUGCCACAAUUCACUAUAAUCGGAUAUGAGACGAAUGAUAGGAAGGAAAAACUCGCGACAGGAAUAUACCAGCGGCUAUCUUUGUCCUUUAAGCUGCAGCGGAAUAUUGGCUAUUUCGUAUUUCAAACAUAUCUUCCUAGCAUAUUGAUUGUGAUGCUAUCCUGGGUAUCCUUUUGGAUCAAUCAUGAGGCGACCAGUGCAAGAGUUGCUUUGGGCAUAACGACUGUCCUAACAAUGACGACGAUUAGUACAGGCGUUCGGAGUUCUUUGCCUCGGAUAUCCUAUGUAAAGGCCAUCGAUAUUUACCUGGUGAUGUGCUUUGUGUUUGUUUUUGCUGCCCUGCUUGAAUACGCUGCCGUCAAUUAUACGUACUGGGGAGCCCGGGCGAAAAAGAAAAGCAAAAAGAAAGGCGGCAAGGAGACGGAGAAGAAAGCCGCAGCGAAAGCGGAAAAGUCUGAAACGUGUUCAGCGAAUGACGACAUUAUAGAGUUACAAGAUGUUCGCAUGAGUCCUAUUCCGUCGCUUAGAAAAGGAAACUACAAUAACACUUUGGAAUCAACCGGUUCCGAAACAUUAGAUUUGGCUAAAUUUCCACCUAGUUUUAGAAUCGCAAGGAAUUAUGGAACAAAUCGCAAUAAUUUACGAUAUCGAGGCAACCGAGCCGCACACAAUCAGCGUCCUAAAAUGUUACACGCCCUACGUAAAGGAGCAUCAGUCCUAAAAGCAUCAAUACCUAAAAUUAAAGACGUCAAUGUGAUAGAUAAAUACUCUAGGAUGGUAUUCCCAGUUAGUUUCUUAGCAUUCAAUGCUGGCUAUUGGACAUUCUACAUACUGGAAUGAUAGUAACUAACUAGGAAGUGCGUAGUGAAAAUGAUGUGUAGACUACCCCCAACGAUCAUCAAACCAAUUGGCACUUUAAUCAAUAUGUCUGGUUAAACAUCAGAUCAAACCGAAACAGACCAGUUGAUGGAGACACCACGAUCAAGCAAAACCAAUCACAUAAUUGGCCAAUCCUCCUCGUCCAGUAGAUGAUCCAGAACUAUGCAUCGUUCCAAACUUCAAUACUACCCGUAGUAAGCACGCACAAAGGAUAUGAAUCAAAAUCUAUAGAAAAUCAAAUCGUAAAGCAAAUAUUUCGAGAAUAGGCAAGAAUUGAUUGACCAAUUUUGUUGCGAAUUCAAAAAUAAGGACUAUUCGUUUUUGCGCUUCUCCAGCGCAAGGAUAUUCAGUAGAGUUAAUGUAAUUCAGUGAAAGUAAUGAAAUUUUAAACAAAAAGGUUAUUUGCCGGAUAUGAAGUAUUGAAAAAUUUUAUACUCCAAUUAAGAAAAUUUAAUAAAAUUCGAAUCAAAAUAAGGAAGAAAGAUGGCGAAUGUAACAUAAACUAAAAUUCUAAGACGUCUAUCUUCAAUGACUUUAAAAGUUUGUUAACAAAGUAAUUAGUGUAAAUUCCAUCUCCUCAACUUUAAAAAUUAGGCCAUUUUGAAAAAAAGUAUCGUGGAGGGUGUAAAUUGUAUGGAACGAAACGUAAUGAUAUUUGGAUACUUGCGAGCAAUGAUUAUGAUAGACAAGAUAAUGAAGAGCAUGGAGCAAUAUUUUAUAUUACUGUCCCUUUACUAUCUUAUGAUUAAGAAUGUAUUUCCACAAUGAAUUAUUUUGAAAUUUAGAAAGCAAAGC